AUGGACCUCUCACGGCAAGAGUACCCGAUGCUACUGGCUACCCUGCACCCUAGCCAAGCUACGACUGUUCUGAGCGAUCGCAUCCGAGUGAUUAACAAGAUCAAUGCGGACAUCGCGGAUUACCUACAGGAGCGACGUCGUGUGGAAGAAACAUAUGCCCAAGGCUUGCGGAAGCUGGCGCAUCGACCGCAGCUAGACAAUGGAGCUGCUCUUGGCAUAUUCCAGAUCCCCUGGCAACGCAUCAUCAAUGCCACUGAAACGCUCGCUGUGUCUCACGAAACGCUCGCCAACAAGAUCGAGGAGGAUGUCGAGCGACCGCUGAGGGAAUUCAGCACCAAACACCGCGACAUGCAGUCGAUGCCUGGUAUCCAGAGCAAUCUGGCGGGGUUGGCCAAGAAUGUGGAGAAUGCGCAGAAGAAGGUGGACAAGGCCAGGGCCAAGGGCGUCAAAGGCGCAGACAAGCUAUCCAAUGAGAUUGCCAAUGCCGAGGAAGUGACCCAGCAGUGGGAAUCGCGGGCUCCAUUUGUUUUUGAGCAACUCCAGGCCGCCGAUGAGAGCCGGCUCAAUCAUCUUCGUGAUGUUUUGACGCAAUUGGAGACCCAUGAGGUCGACCAGGUCGAGCGCGCUCGCCAGGCUGCUGAGAGCUGUCUAAACGUCCUUCUGAAUGUUGAGACUGCAGACGAGAUCAAGACCUUUGCCACUAAGAUGGCGGGAACGCGGGUUCCUGUCUCGCCUGUCGUUUCCCGGAGACAAACAGAUCGAACGGAGACGCCCUCUGUGCCUGAACCGGGACCCGAACGGGCAGCAACUACGCCAAUGGAAGCACCAGUGGCCACACCCCCAAUAGAGACGCCUUUUUCACCACCUUCACGUAUCCAGGAUGAUGCCGCGAGUCAGCGAUCAGAGGAGAGACAAGCUGUUACCCAGACUCCCCCAGCUCCUGUACCCGAGGCACAGCCGCGACACACCCCACUGGGAGGGCUGCGACGACUUGGAACUGUAAUGAACAGGCGAAAGAGUGUCGUUGGACCUUCUGCUGGAUCAUUUGAGCGAAAGGCAGACAAAAAGCGCAGUCCAUUCUCCCCCUUCAAGAGAAGUGACUCUGCUCGCGAUCUUCAAAUACCGGAAUCCCCUCCUUCAACAGCCAUUGAUCGUCCAGGGACAUCUUUGACUGAAAAUGCCUCCUUGCGCAACUCUAGUGUAGACCACAGUGGAUUUGAUGCUGCACCUGGUGCUGCGGCAUUUUCCGAGUCUACCAAUGGGGCUGCCGCCGAGCCUAACGCUCAAUUCAUCAACAGCCAUGUCAACCCUCCACAAGUUGAUUCCGAGGGAUAUACGGAGCGCCCAUCCACGAUGGACGAGAUCUCGCGUGCCCAAAACGAAGCAGCGGGUAUUGAAGAUUCUGGUCUGAACUUGACCAUCAGAGACCAACCUAUUUUCGAGGACGAGAGCCAGGCACAGCAAGCUAUGAGUGAAAUGGCGAACACCCUCCGAUUGCAAGCUCAGCAGACGGGAGGAAUCAGACGCAACGCGGGCACGAUUCGCGGGCGUCGUGAUGUUCGCAACACUGUGUUUGUUCCUUCACCAGGCAGCGAGCUGCCUCCAGCCCUGGGAGCGCAACAGUCCCAAGCACCAACCUCGCCAAUCAGAAAUGUCACAUCUCCCAGCAUCGCACCUAGCGUCACAGACGAUCACACUGUUUCGGAUUCUACUUCUGUUCGCUCCGGCCACACUAUGCACGGCCCAGGAGCUUCCGUUCAUCCUGACCUCUAUGAGGCAGGCUUGAAUGCCUCAAUCAUUGAAACCGUCAACGCCUGGUUCUCUGAGGGUGGUGUCACUCAGUCCUUCGUGGUUGGCGAGCUUGCUCUGGCAAACAACCCCACUCCAGGUGGUGUAGCAGAGAAUGUACGCAUUCGUCUUGAUAACUUCCAAGUGCUCGAGAAGGUAGCAGCCAACCCAAACUUCGUUCACGGGGCCGUCAAGGAGGCCGGCGACGACAAGACAGGCGAAUACGAUAUCCAAGUUGGCAGCAUCUCCCGCCCCAUGCCAACAGUGGCAUUUAAGUACCAACUGCAUCUGGACAAUCCCUCCGCCUACUGCCCUGUUAUCUUUAAGCCAAACUGGAAACUGGAAGAAUUCCAGGCCAGUGCCAUCAUCUACUAUUCAAUCAACCCUUCUUUCGUCUCGGGUUCAGUCGAGCCGAUUUCCCUGAAGAACGUAGUCCUCACUGUCAAUCUUGACACCUCUGUCGAGGACGAAACCACCAAAACGCCACGCGAGUCAGUCGCACACGCCACCAGCGCAGCCAUGUACCCCAAUAUUGGUGCUGUCUUCCGCCGCAAAACUUCAACCGUCACAUGGAGAAUCCCCGAGCUCGAAGUCAAGGCUCCUACUACACCUGGCGAUGAUGGCAAGUUCCUUGUCCGCUUCUCGACUUCUACCAGCUGGCCUCGGAAGGGCACCGUCGAAGCCAAGUUUGAAAUGCGCACCACCGAGUCCGCCUCGAGACUGGGUAUCAGCCGCGCCACCGCUGACGCAGAACCAAAGGAAUCCGAUCCUUUCGCUGAUGAGGGUCGUGAAUCAUUAUCUUCCUCGGUUUCGUGGCAAGAUGUCCCAACAGCACGCAAGUUGAUUGGCGGGAAAUACGUCUCAACUUAG